AUGACGCACCGCGCCGAUGCCUCCAACACGCUCGACAACCGCGGCUACAGCGGUCCGCUGGUGCGCGGCCAAAACCCUGCCCUGCUCUUAGAAACCGCCAUGCGCGACCGCAUUACCGACUCUCUCUACUGGAAAGAACAAUGCUUCGGGUUGAACGCAGCCACUCUGUGCGACCGAGCUGUCGAACUCACCUACAUUGGCGGCACGUACGGCGUCGCCAUGAAACCUACGCCCUUCAUCUGCCUCGCCUUCAAACUCCUUACCCUCGUCCCCGACCGGGAGAUCGUGCUUGAAUACCUCAAAAACGGGGGCGAAGAGUGGAAAUACUUGAGGGCACUCGCGGCAUUCUAUGUCCGCCUGACAUUUGAGCCGGCAGACGUCUACAAGACCCUGGAGCCGUUUCUGGAGGACUCGCGAAAAUUAAGACAGCGGAGGAAGGAGUCUUACGUGUUGAUCCACAUGGACGAGUUUGUGGAUAAUCUGCUCACGAAGGACAGGGUGUGCGGGACGAGUUUGUGGAAACUGCCGGCCAGGCAGCUGUUGGAGGAUCUAGAACAGCUGGAUGAGAGGGUCAGUCCGUUGCAGGCGGAGCUGGAUGCCAUGGAAGAAGAGGAGGAAGAAGGGGCAAACGGCGAGAAACACGAUGAGGAUACGGGUGGAACGGCUUCUGAGGAUGGGAGGAGUCCUAGGUCGUUGAGCAGGAGCAGAAGUCGUUCGAUCAGUGAUUGA